GAAUUGAUGACAAGACACUUUACCCCGCUUUUAAAGUUCUCUAGUGAUAAGGUCAAGGGUAUGUCCGUCCUAAGAUGCCUGUAAAUGAAGAUAUUGAGAUAAGUAUAAGGAUCCCCCGUGAAUAAUGCAAUUUGCAUACUUACAGUCGUUCCCAUCAUUUCACACAUCUCAACUAAACUUCAAGAACAAUAAAACAUCAUGGCAGAAAAAUUGUCGCAGCUGAAUACGGCAGUUAAGCACUGGAGGCGCUUGGAACAACGUUUGGCAGGCGAAGAGAUUGAGAUCAAAGGGAAUGGGCUGGAUAUCUCUACCGUAGUGGCGGUUUCAUACUUUGGCUGUGUUCCAAAACUCACAAAAGAUCCGGAAGUUCUGAAAAGAAUCGAAUCGAGUAUCGAGGUCCUUAAGGAUCAACUAUCGAAGGGUUACAGUAUAUAUGGAGUCAACACUGGUUUCGGUGAUAGUGCAGAUUCUCGCACAGAAAGAGCAACCACCCUACAGACGGGACUUCUUCAACUAACCCAGGCCGGUGUCACCACCGCAAUUGACAGAGGUGAAGCCGAUUUAGGUACCCUUCUUCGAGCCCACUCCAUGCCGCCUGCUUGGGUGCGCGCUGCUAUUGUCGUGCGAUGCAAUUCCAAUGCAAAUGGGGUUUCCGGUUUGACCUUGCCAGUUCUGCAGUCCAUGUUUCAGCUUCUAGAGCACCGGAUUACCCCCAUCGUGCCACUGCGUGGCUCGAUAUCUGCAUCUGGCGAUCUCAUGCCGCUCUCUUACAUCGCUGGCACGAUUGAAGGAAACCCAAAUAUUUAUGUCCAGCUCAAGGACAAAGUUACCUCUGAGUCGAAAAUCAUGUCUGCCCCAGAUGCGCUCCGUGCUGUUGGCAUGCAGAGUCGGACUAUGGGGCCCAAGGAAGCGCUUGGUCUGAUAAAUGGAACCGCAUGCUCAGCUGGGGUCGCGAGUGUAGUAAUGUUUGAAUCGCACCGCUUAGCUCUUCUCACCCAGGCACUAUCUGCUAUGGGACUUGAAGCGCUGAUGGGCAAUUCUGAGAGCUAUCAUCCCUUUAUCUCCUCUGUCCGACCGCACCCGGGACAGAUUGAAUGUGCUCAGAAUUUACUAGUUCUUUUGAGUGGCUCUCAUCUGGCAGCAGGCAUUCUUCAAAACGCUGAUCGAGCACGCACUGGCUUGGUUCAGGACCGCUACGCCUGGCGCAGUGUUCCUCAAUGGAUUGGUCCGCAAUUAGAAGAUCUUCUUUUAGCCGAUCAGCAGAUCGCAACUGAACUCAAUUCAGCUUGCGACAACCCUCUUGUAGACUCAGUGAACAAAGAAAUUUAUACCGGAGCCAAUUUCCAGGCAGCUUCUGUCACAUCGGCCAUGGAGAAAACCCGAGUUUGCCUCCAGAUGUUUGGCAAACUGCUCUUUUCGCAAUCAACCGAGCUUAUUGAUCCAAAUUACAAUAAUGGCCUACCAAUAAACCUGACUGUCGAUGACUCUAGCGUCUCAUUUACGAUGAAAGGUGUGGAUAUCAGCAUGGCGGCAUACAUGGCCGAGUUGGCAUAUCUAGCUAACCCUGUCUCCUCCCAUGUGCAGACAGCGGAGAUGCACAAUCAGGCAAUCAACUCCCUGGCCUUGAUAUCCAGCCGAUACACAAUGCAGGCGGUCGAACUGGUCUCAUUGAUGUGCUCUUGCAGUCUAUACAUCAGCUGCCAGGCUCUAGAUCUACGAGCUUUGCAUCUCGCGUUCCUGAAGGAGUUGCCUUCAUCACUGCAUGUUCUCAACUCUCGCAUCUUUUCCUCGUACGUCGCGGAACCGGAAAUACAACGGCUGAAUUCGGUGAUAGACAGACACGUAUCAAAAGUAUGGCUUGCUAGAUCCCGUCUCAGCAUCCCUGCAAGAUGUGAAGUCACGAUGAAAGAAACCCUUGUGGUGUUACUAGAUUCCUUUGCAGAGGCGGAGUCGUUUAACAGACCCAGUCUUGCUGACUUCGAUGCCUGGAAAACGCAAGCAAUAGCCAUCUCUAAGCGCAUAUAUCAAAAUAAUUUUGACAAGUUUUCUCGUCGACAGCAUACUGCUGAGCUGCUUGGCGAGGGCUCUCGGAUAUUGUAUAAAACAGUCCGAGAGAAACUUGGGGUCCCGUUCCACUUAGGUCUGGUGGAGCAUCCAACUGAACAGAACCCUACCAUUGAUGGUCGACCCAAAAAGACGAUUGGCUCCUGGAUUUCAAUUAUCUAUGAAGCUCUUCGUGAAGGAAGGCUGUUGGGCCCGUUGAUGGAGUUGUUGGAGAAGCACUCCCAAGAAAAAACAGACAGCCAUGUGCGAGAAAAGGCCAAAUUAUAA